CUUUCCCCAGCGAGCGAGCAGGCGAGAGAGCGAACGGCCGCCGCCGCGGAGACCGCUCCGCCGAGACCCGCCGCGUCGCGGUGGCUUGCAGCGCGCACCAGGGUUUGGAGGAAGUUGACCGAGGCGGCUGCCGCAGCAUCCCCGGUCCGGAUCGCGCGAAGCCCGGCGUAGUCUCUCCUCCUGGCUCACCCUGGCGCCUCCUGCGUGCUCUACUUUCCAGCUCUGCUAUUGUUACAGACUGUUUUCUGCUGAUCAUCCUUCCUCCGAAACUUACAAAGAAAGUGUUGGAUUUGCCCUUGUUGGAACUGAGGAAUUCAGACUACCUCCGGGUAGCGGGUUCUAACUCACCCCCUGUCCCUUUCUGGUACCAAAGUGCUUACUCCUCUCCAAAGUGCCAUGCCUGGAUGCUAGCGGGAGGAAGGGGCUCCUGAGACGUGCCCGCACCUUUGCACCUGUCCUGCGCUUCCCCUCUCUUGGCCACCUUCCCGGCUGAAACAGCACCGAGGGAGCCCCCUUUGGACGUCCUCCGUGGAAACUGCUUCUCCAAGGCUGCAGCGCUGAGGCUGGAUUUGGGGAGGAAUACUAGACUUGGAGGAGUCUGCGCGCUUUUCUGCGGCCGCGCCUCCCGGUCCCCGUGCUCGCUCCCCUACCCCACCCACUUCCUGUGCGCGCCCGGGGGGCGUGUGCCAGCUGCUGCCGGAGUUCUGGGAAGUUGUGGCUGUCGAGGAUGGGGGUCUGUGGGUACCUGUUCCUGCCCUGGAAGUGCCUCGUGGUCGUGUCUCUCAGGCUGCUGUUCCUUGUACCCACAGGAGUACCCGUGCGCAGCGGAGAUGCCACCUUCCCCAAAGCUAUGGACAACGUGACGGUCCGGCAGGGGGAGAGCGCCACCCUCAGGUGCACGAUCGACAACCGGGUCACCCGGGUGGCCUGGCUGAACCGAAGCACCAUCCUCUAUGCGGGGAAUGACAAGUGGUGCCUGGACCCCCGCGUGGUCCUGCUUAGCAACACCCAGACCCAGUACAGCAUCGAGAUCCAGAAUGUGGACGUGUACGACGAGGGCCCGUACACCUGCUCUGUGCAGACAGACAACCACCCCAAGACCUCCCGGGUCCACCUCAUUGUGCAAGUAUCUCCCAAAAUUGUAGAGAUUUCUUCAGAUAUCUCCAUUAACGAAGGGAACAAUAUCAGCCUCACCUGCAUAGCAACAGGUAGACCAGAGCCUACGGUGACCUGGAGACACAUCUCCCCAAAAGCUGUGGGCUUUGUGAGUGAAGAUGAAUACUUGGAGAUCCAGGGCAUCACACGGGAGCAGUCAGGGGACUACGAGUGCAGCGCCUCCAAUGACGUGGCUGCUCCGGUGGUGCGGAGAGUCAAGGUCACCGUGAACUAUCCUCCAUACAUUUCAGAAGCUAAGGGCACAGGUGUCCCCGUGGGGCAGAAGGGCACACUGCAGUGUGAAGCCUCUGCGGUCCCUUCGGCAGAAUUCCAGUGGUACAAGGAUGACAAAAGACUGAUUGAAGGAAAGAAGGGGGUCAAAGUGGAAAACAGACCUUUCCUCUCAAAACUCAUCUUCUUCAACGUCUCUGAACACGACUAUGGGAACUACACAUGCGUGGCCUCCAACAAGCUGGGCCACACCAACGCCAGCCUCACGCUGUUUGAGCUAAGUGAGCCUACAAGCUCAACUUUGUUGCAAGGUCCGGGCGCAGUCAGCGAGGUGAGCAACGGGUCGUGGAGGAGGGCGGGCUGCACUUGGCUGCUGCCGCUUCUGAUCUUGCACCUACUCCUCAAAUUUUGAUGUGAGUGCCCCUUCCCCCGCCGGGGAGCAGCUGCCGUCACCGCCACCGCCAACACAUCAGCAAUGGCAACGACAGCACCACGAGCAUCCCCGUUCCAAAUCAGACAUGAGCCCACGAAAUGCAGAGAAUCAGAGCCUAAUGGGACACACAUUCCAGGGAGGGGAGCGAAGGAUACUUUGGGAAAACAAGGUGAACAGGAAAUUGGAAGCCGCCUGGCAGACACGUAGGUACAGCUGUUUUCUUUCUUUUUCCAAACGAGAAGAAGCCACGCCGGCCUUGGACCCACUGGCAAGCUGCAUUGCGUGACCUCUGUUACCAGGCGGGCUGGGGCUCAGCUGCCGCUCUGCCCACCACAGUGCACCCCCACCCCCCGGGAAAAUUCCGGAGUCGGCCACCCCAAAUUCAAUCAGUCAAUAGAGACGAACACAGAGUGAGGCGUGCGGGCCCAGGUGUGCCUCUCCGGCCCCCUUCCUAGACUGUGUCCCUAUUGUGUGUGUGAUGAAAUGCAGAAACACAAAAAAAAUAAAUAAAAAGGAAA